AUUUCUGUGGGAAAUGCCCAGUUGCGGAUGAUUUCUCAUCAGCAGCGAAACACAGAGUGCACUCUGAUAGCUGAUUAUUGAAUGAAAUACUGUAAAUGGGUGGGAAAAAAAAGACAGCACGUGAAUCAGACAGACUCAGAAAGGGAAGGUUAGAGCAAGGAAAGUGGUCAGGCUGCAGGGAGUUCUCCCAGGUGUACUGCGGAAGCUUUUUGGAAAUGGACGCAAGAACCAUCUGCUGCCUAUAGAUUAGAAGGCUGUAAAAUAAGGGCAGAGAGAACAAGCCUGUGGCUCUUGAAUAAAAAUUGAAGUUCUGCGUAACUGAUUCAUCAAGAUAAAUCAUGAGUCUCUGCACGCAUAGGAUAUUAAUGAAUAAAUCCAUGCUACAAAUAGAGUACAGCCUGCAUUGCUAUAAAAAAUAGAUAAAUAGCAACAAUGCAGUGAAUAAAUUCUGCACUAAUGAUCUGAUUUAUGUAUGAAGAAAAAGAGAAGCAAAAUACAGACAGCCUGUAUUGCACUGCAUUUAAUACUGAGAGAUGCUGUACAUUGAAUCUGACAACUAUGGAAAGAGAAAUCAUGGAGAAGUCAAGCAGCGAGGAUUCUUCAAUUCACCGGAGUCCAUCUUUGGAUAGCAAAGAUUCAGAUUCUGCUAAACCUUCUACCUCAGGAAGGCAAUUCAGCCGAGGUUUUACUGCCGGAGCUUUCUAUGGCACAGCUGGAUCACACACACAGAACCACACUGGCAUCAAAACCGGAUCUGGGACUGGCAUAAAAAGUGACAAAUACAGUGCACCCAAAGGCAGCAAAUAUGUGGUCUUUUACCUGGAUCUAUCCUUUGUUUUCCUUUUAGAAUUUAAGAAGUGCAACAUGACAAGAGGCUGCCUGUGUUGUUUGAAAUAUACGAUGUUCCUUUUCAAUUUGAUAUUUUGGUUAUGUGGCUGUGGGCUCCUGGGCGUGGGCAUCUGGCUGUCAGUGUCACAAGGAAACUUCGCCACAUUUUCUCCUAGCUUUCCAUCACUUUCAGCUGCCAACCUAGUCAUUGCCUUUGGCACAAUCAUCAUGGUGACCGGCUUUCUGGGCUGCCUAGGUGCUAUCAAGGAGAAUAAGUGCCUACUUUUGAGUUUUUUCGUCAUUUUGCUGAUAAUUCUCCUGGCAGAGCUGAUAUUACUCAUUUUGUUCUUUGUUUAUAUGGACAAGGUCAGUGAGAGCGCAAAGAAGGAUUUGAAGGAAGGUAUGAAGCUGUACAAUUCAGAAAAUAAUGUUGGACUGAAAAACGCAUGGAAUAUCAUUCAAGCAGAGAUGAAAUGCUGUGGUGUAAAUGACUUUACGGAUUGGUACCCAGUACUGGGAGAAAACAUUGUCCCAGACCGAUGUUGUACAGAAAACUCUCAAGACUGUGGACGGAAUUCCACUGAAUUAGUGUGGAAAACGGGAUGUUAUGAAAGAGUUAUGACUUGGUUUGAUGAGAAUAAGCAUGUUCUUGGCUCAACUGGGAUGUGUAUCCUUAUAAUGCAGAUUCUUGGCAUGGCCUUCUCCAUGACACUCUUCCAGCAGAUUCACAGGACUGGCAAAAAAUAUGAUGCCUGAAGCCUCUGAAACAUUAUCACAUCAAUCCUUCUGUUUGAUCAUAAAAAUGAACAAGAGAAGUGACUGCAGAGAGUAUCAAGCCAAGCCCUGCUGAGUGAAUCCGGCCCACUGACUGGUCUACUUCGUUGUUACUUGUACAGUUAUUAUCACUACUUGUUAUUUGAUUCGUAUGUUUGUCUGUUUCACAUUUGCCAUUAAUUUGCCAAAGAAAGGGAGAAAAGCUCCCCCAAAAAUGGAUUUUCUACACAACAUCUUAGAUCUGUUCUAAGACUAUUCCCUUGAUUUAAGAAAACAUUUUGCUCUACCAAUACAUGCUAAAUGUGCAACAGUUACAUAUGUUAAACUUUAAGGGAGAAUUCUUCAAAGUCUUCCAUUACAUUUUCAACCCUCAUGUUCAGUUUACUGGAAGUCUUGUAAAAGCCACCCUAACUGGGAGUCCUAGGAAUUGGAGCUGCUUUGCUUUGCAACUUCUUGUACCUGAUGGUGUAUACUAUUUUGUUAUGAUAAUUAUGGUUAUUAUUAUUAUGAUAAAUAUAGCUUAGAAUUUAGUAGCCUGGUUGAUAGCUUCUUACUGUAUCUGUUCUAACACAUUUAUUGUACGUUAGGUAGAAACCACUGUGCAAUCUCUUGAGGACAUGUUUUUCAGAGUUGACAGUUGGGGGGGAUGGGUAAAUAGAAAGUUUCUCAAGUUCGUGAGGAGCUCCCUACACCUAUGAGGCGAAAUUUCAGUGUCUUUACCCACCCAAAAAGAUUGUGGCACUAUAAUUGAUGGCCCUUGUUAGACUGCUUUGGUGUUAUGCUACUUUGAAAUCUGAAAGUAUUGGCUAAGUGAGUGAAUUCUCCUUGGCAUAAGGAGGAAAAAGGAAAAAGUUUGCAGUCUGACCUUCUGGUCACUUGGCAGCAGAUUUCAUAUACUGUAUUUUCUGUUUCAAAACAUUUGCCUAAAGCAUGGCGUGCUACUGGAUAUUAGAAGGAAGGGUAGCAAUUUUAUUAGUUUUGUCAUGCUGUGCCUUUCAGUGAAGGGGCUCCCUCAAAGAGAUGACAGCUAUCUCUCUGAGCUGGAAAAGGUGUCCAUGGACAGAGAGGAACAUGAGUUUGUUUAAAGAAGACCAGAUUCAGAAAAGGGGCAGUAUCCAAAAGAAACUCAGAGAGACUGCACUGUCACACCUUCAGCACAGAAUUGGUUCAUGCUGGGAGAUUGCCAAGUCUACCUAAUGAGGUGAUCCAGCAUCAACUGGGGUGCAAUGCAUGAUUUUUAGCCAUAUUCUGGCUACAAAUUUUGAACAAUUUUUUUUUUUUUUUUUUUUUUGAGAUCUUUCCUAAGUUUUAUAGUUUCAUGAAAGAAGAAAAGGUCAUUGGAGGAUGUUGUGAUUUAACUCCAGUCAGGGCUCAACUCAGAUCUGAAAGGAAUUCUACUGCUUUUAUUAGUGGCAGUUAGAGGGGAUCUUUGUAGGUUACCUCAUCCAAUGUCACUCUCAAAAGAGAGCUGUGACCUAUGUGAGGUGGAGUUGAUUAUGAUGUUAUUAGACUGAAUAACAGAAACUGCUGAGGAUGGAGAUUUUAUGCCUCUGUGGUAUCCCAUUCAGAACCGUGCCAUGUCAAACUACUCCUGUGGAGAGAAAAUAAAUUUCUCGGGAGGAGAAAUACAUUUCUCUUAAUGCCCAGUCUGAAUAUUUAUGCUUUAAACUCUUAAAAUAUAUUGGUUUCAUUGUAUAAUUCAGCCAAUCUUUUCAUAAUGGGCUGAAAUAACUGUUGGGCCGCUUCCUAUCUGGGAAGUAUGAGUAUCCUGUUUAUCUUCCUAGUAGGUUCUGUUUGCAUUUGUAAAUUGGACAGCAAUAGCAUUUUGUGUGGACUCUGUGUGACUUUUUGAAGUUCCUUUGAGCUCAAUGUCACAGAAGGAGUGUGAAUGCAUAGGACAGAGAGAUGAAUUUGGAUUUGGGGUAUUACAGUGAAGAAAGCAGUUGCUAAUCUGAAAGCAUGGCCCUUGACCACAUGACCAUGAUGCCUAAAGUUUCACAAAUCUCUUGUUUCCCACUGAAAAACACUGUAUGGGCUCAGCUGUUUUAAUUUGUAUUGCCUUUGAAGGAAAGCACAGUAACUGAACCCAGUUUUAAUUCAAUUUCUAACAAAAAUUGGGACCAAGAACAUCUGAGCCUCAUUGGAGAUGUUGCUCAACAAAGAAGGGGCUCUGAUGUCCAGUGUACUUGCUGCUACAUAUAAGACUAUAUACAAAAUUACUAAAAUGUGUUACUAUUUCUACAAGAAAAGACAGAACAGUUUUCAUCUAAUGGCUCUAUUACAUUCUCACUCUGCGCAGAAGUGCUUUGCUUUCUUUAAUUUUCUCUGGAGUUCAAGAAGAAGAAGGUGCAUCACAUAACAUCUGUCCUUUUGGGUUGCACAGUGGUACCUACUACAACUUAAAUUUCAAUCUACAUAUAGUUUUUGUACAAAAUAAAUAAAUAAAUAAAUAAAUAAAUAAUAAAAUUUUAGUGGAAAUAAUAGGAAAGCUUUAAAAAUUUUUGAAAAACUUUAUGAGUAAAACAGAGAAGAAAUGCAUAGUUGCGAAUUUGACUAUUUUGCUUUCCCUCCAAACUUUUUUUUUCACAGUUUAACAGUAAGUAGCAUAGAUCCUAAUCUAAAGAUUACUUUUAUAAUUCUAAGCACAAUAUUAAUUGAGGUAGUUACUCAAGCUUUGUGUAUUCAUCUCUGUGAAGCCACUCUACAGCAAGGUAGUCAAGAGCAGGGCUGAUUUGUGUCUCUAGCUAACUCACUGAUGUGGGACAAGAUGGACAUCCUCAAAGGAGAGGAAAAGUAAUGCCAUUUUCUAGGCAACAGAAACAGCCUUGAAAACUGUGAGGCUGCAUCAGUAAGUUUAUCAGGGAAAGCACUGGCUGUCUUGUAAUUGUUUGGUCAAGGGGAGCUUUGUCUCAUUCUUGCUUAUGUUGAUGGGUGGCUGUCUAUGUGUUUUCCCCAAACAUCAUUUUGGUUAUUUAGCUGCAAGUUUUUAGCAUGUUUAUAUAUUUAAAAAAAUAAAAAAAGUAAUGAUUCAGUAAAAGUAUAUUUAGUAUACACAAAUGUUGAUUUGUAUCAAUACAUACUUCUCUGCAAUUCUAAUUCAGGAAAGCACAGUUCAAGUGUGUGAAAAUGCUGAUUGAGUAUUUCUUCAGAUCAUAGCAUACCUGCUGUCUCACUGUGAUUUAUGUUUGGAAGCUGCAUCAGCACUUAGCAGAGACAUAUUGAGAAAACUGCUUGAAAACUGUGGAAGUAAAGGCAGUGAAUUAUGUUCCCUCUUGGUGGUACCCAGGUUUUUACUUAAAGGAAUUGAAGGUGGAGAGCACUGAAAAGAGCACACUCUACACAUAGUUAAUUAGCAUGUGAGAUUUUACAAACAAUGGCAUAAGUAAGUUUAUCAGUGAUAACAGAUUAGAUGUAUGCUAUGCAUUGAGUUCUUGGACAAUGGUCAAAUUAUGCCAGCUCUCUUACCUGUGUCCCUUCCCACUGUCUCCAUUAUUAUUAAUAUACAUGGACUAAAAACAUACACAGGAGAAGUGCAAGCUGAAGACAGCAGAAUUGCUCCUUGUGGUCUUUCUUGGGCAGUAUAUUGGUCAGGUAUAGAGAAGACAAGAAAGGAAAGGGUAUUUUCGAAACAGAUGUUUUUUGGGAGCAGCAUGGAAUAGGGCACACUUUCUGAUGUAACUUACUUUUAGAGGGUUGAACAGCUUCAUCCAGUAGCCUAUGUGGGGAAACAUGGAGAUGUUUGCCUGCAGACUAGUCAGCCAUCUGUUUUGCAGUAGUUAGUAGACAUGAAGAAACAACAUGCCAUUCCUACCAGGUGAUGUUUGCACCAGUGUUUCUUCUAUGCAAUACCUUUUUUGCCUUUAUACAAAAGCUUUUUUUUAAUAGGAUGAUACACAAAUAAAGGAUAUUUUUAAAGGUG